CAUCCUCACAUAAAGGACCCCAUAUUUCAUCUCCUUUCUUGCUCUCUCGAAAAACGACCCCUCCUGCGCUAGUUGCAUCCCUUGUUCUUUCAAAAAAUAACCCUCCUGCGCUAGCUACUUCCCCUAUUUUCACAAGAUCCAGUGACUUCUACCUUCCACCGCCACUAGUUGCUGGUCUCUCCAAAGGCAGCGAGUUUCGGCGACAAUGACGGAUAGACCCAGUGAAUCUGGUGAAGAGAAUGAGAGGGCGCCGAUUGGCAAGAUUCGAUGACGGUGGCGAAGAUAUCGAGACAAUGACGAUUGACGAGAUCCGACGACGAUGGCGGAGAGAUCGCGAGGCGACAUCGGGAACUGGAAAGGCGACAUCAAGAAUUGGUGAGAGUAGGGCCCGCUGCUUCUUCCUAACCAUCAACGACUCCCUCCCUCCCCUGCCUCCCCAAACCAACUGUGCUACCAAUAAGGGUUUAAAAGAAUAUCUAAGUUCAAAAAGUGAUCUCGUUUCAAAAAGUGAUCUAGGUGCAAAGUAAGAAAAGGACGGUGACUGCUCCAACAAGGGGAUGGGAAGUCUUUUUUAUGGUGUGCAUGACUUUUUAGGAUUUCUGAUUUUGUUGGGGUUUUGGGAUUUGUGAUGGGUUCUAGAGAUGAAAUUUUGGGAUGUAUUAUGGGUUUGGGAUGAUAUUAUGUGUUCAGUUGGGUUUUGGGGGCAGGUUUGUGAGGAAAAAAGAUGUAUUUGAUCUUUUGUUGUUUUUCUUUUUUUUAUAUUUAUUUUUAACUUAAUUGAAAUAAUUCGCAAUCGGAGAUUAUGUGGCUUUUUUGAAUUUUUUAACAUUUAUUAUGCCGAUUGGGCGGUGACGUGGUGUGUUGACCGUUAGUCAACGUGUUUGACCAUCCAAGAUAACAAUCAAAUCUCGUAUUUGGUCAAUUUCGUAACUUUGAUGCAUAGUUGAGGCCAUGAUAUUAUUGAUCGAAAACAUUGGUUAGAAUAUUUAAUAUUUGAAAAGUUCGGGCCAUACAAAUAUAUUAGCCCGUUGGCAUGAAUGACACAUUUGAAGUUAACUAUUGACUUAAUCUCGUUAAACUAAUUUUAACAAAACUAAAGUAGCUGCAUGGAUGACACAUCAUAAAAAUAAAUUAAGUUAAUAUAGAUUUUUUUACCUGGACCUAUUCUUCAGAAAUCCUACUAUAAAGGUGAGGAAAACGAGCACCUUCCUUGACCCUCUGUUUUUGUAGGGAGGAAAAGGAGGGAAAGGAAAGAAUAGGGAGGAAAGUUGAGUUUCCUAGAAACUUUUCCUUGUUCCCGAAACCAUGCACAGUACCGAAGGGAGGGAAAAGGGAGGAAAUGAGCACUGUUCAACCUGACCCCCCAAAUUGGAGAGAAAAUAGCCUCUUCUCCGUUUCUUUUACCUCUCCCUCUCUCCUCUCUCUUCUAUCUUUCCUCUUAUUCGUAUUCUUCGUUCAAAAACCAGCAAAUAUUCAAAUCAUUUUCUUUCCCCAAAUUAGAGAAGUCAAGUGGAUAUGAUGAAGAUAGCUUGGGAAUGGAUGCUCUAGUUCGUCCAAAACAUAAGCUAGGUUCCAUGCAAUCUUUUGGAUCUCACUUGUCGGAAAUGGCGGGCUGGCAAAGGCAGUCUUCGACGAAACAGAAACCUAAAUCGGAGGUAUGAGGAAGUCUCAUGGCAUAGGCGUCCGAAAUGUACUUGAAUCGACAAAAAAAGACGGAACGGGCUGUGUUGGAUAGGAGAAAGGAUUACCUGAAAGUGCCGGGGUCUUUGCUGAAGAGCUUCGGUAGGAACUGGAAAAAUGAAUUGGCAAGGCAGACGAUGAGGAAUUUAGGUUAAAAAUGAAUAUUUAUUUUGUAAUAUUAAAAUCAAAAGAAGAGAAAGCGUAAAAACUAAAAAUUAAAAGUUGAAAAGGAGAUGGCGGUGGGUUAGAUAAUGAUGCAUGUUUUCAUAAUUAUUCCACUUCACAGGUACAUCUCCCGUAUUCUUUUAGGCCAAUUUAUUUUAUAUUUUUAAAUAAUUUUUUUUUUGUUGUUCAACAUAAUUUAGGUAAGUAUCUUAUGAUAGGCAAAUAUAAAUUAUUUACCGUUUUUAUUUUUAAUUUGAUGACUCUCGUACUAGACACGUAUAAAUGUUUAAUAUCUGUAUUUAAUAAAUUAAAAUUGCUUAC